AUGAGUACUCCAAUGGAAGUGGGUUUCCUAAAGCAGAAGGAAUCCAAAGAGUCUUUGGAAAGCAAUGAAAACUACAGAAUGGGAAUUGUAAAGUUACUGUUCAUUCCAACUGUAUCGCAUCCUGAUAUUGCAGGAGCAGUUGGAAUAUUGUGUAGGAAAAUGAAUUCACUGACAAAGGAGGCCUGGAUUGCACUUAAAAUAAUUGCACAGUAUUUAAAGGGCACAGCAGAUCUGGAAUUAGUACUGCCAGCAUGUGAGCAAUCCAAGUUAGUAGGAUACAUGGAUGCCAACUGGGCUGAAGAUAAUGAUGACAGAAAGUCAACUAGUGGCAAUGUAUUUUUCUAUGGAGGAGAAGCAAACUCGUGGUUAGGCACUCCCUACUGA